AUGGCUUCCAGAAUCUACGUUGGAAACCUGCCGUCCUCAACAGCAGAGAGGGAUCUAGAGGAGGAAUUUAUACGCUUUGGCACACUGCGCAGCGUAUGGGUCGCCCGCAAGCCUCCUGGAUUUGCUUUUGUGGAGUACGAGGACCCAAGGGACGCAGAUGAUGCUGUGCGCAAAUUGGAUGGCUUCAAGGGAUGGCGCGUGGAGCACUCCAAGAACAGGGGCCCUCGCUGGCAGGAUGCCCCGCGCGACUCCUACCGCGGCCGAGAGCGCAGGUACACACCCAGCACCACCCCUGCUCUAAACCUCUCUCGCUCCGGGUACCCGGUGUUCCGCGCCCCGCUCCCGCCGCCGUCCAGAAGGCGCUCUCCGAGUGUAGACCGCUAUCGCCGCCGCUCGCCGUCGUACGAGCGCAUCCGGAGGCGUUCCCCCUCCUACGAGCCUGUGCGCCGCCGCUCGCCCUCUUACGACCGUGACAGGGUGGGGUCUUUUUAA